GAGAUUCAAGGAGUGAGCAACAGUGGAUGGUAAAUAGAUGUCAUUGUCCCCUGCAGUUUCUGGAACAGUGGGACAGCCGUGAAAGAUGAAUGACUCCGAGGAAGGCAGACUACAGCAACUGGGCUCCCUGGAUGAGGAACACCUGAUAUCCAGCGACACCAGAUACUCCCUCAAAGGCUUCAGAUUUCAAUCACCCUAUAUCCUCAAGAAAGCAGGACAUCUGUGCCGUGGUCUCGGCCCCUUCAUGCUGCAGUUUUCCUGCCUCACACUCUCUACUGCUCUCCUGCUGGCUCUUCUUGUCAAAGUGUCUAACGUUGCCCACUCCCAGCAACAGGAACAGGCAAAGAAGGAGAAGAUAAACCAGGAAAUGACCCAGCUAAAGCCUCAAAUAAACCGCCUGUGCCGCCCCUGCUCCUGGGACUGGACACUGUUCCAAGGAAACUGUUACUUCUUCUCCAAGUUCCAACAGAACUGGAAUGACUCCGUCAUUGCCUGCAAAAGACUGGAUGCCCAACUAGUGGUCAUCAAAAGUGGUGAUGAGCAGAGCUUCCUGCAACAGACUUCUAAAGAGAAAGGCUAUGCCUGGAUGGGCCUGUCAGACCUGAAGCAUGAAGGCGUGUGGCACUGGGUGGACGGUUCACAUCUGCUCUUCAGUUUCAUGAAAUACUGGAACAAAGGAGAACCCAACAACGAGUGGGAAGAAGACUGUGCAGAGUUCAGAGGUGAUGGCUGGAAUGAUGCCCCAUGUGCAGUAAAGAAAUACUGGAUCUGCAAGAAGUCUGCUAUGUCCUGCCCUGAGAAAUGAUGUGUCAUCUCUCUGUAACACCUGUUGUCCAAAUGGCCCUGCAGGGUGACUGAACUUAACCCACAGUCUAUGCAUGCCAGUUCCUUCUUCUGCCAGCAUGAAGCUCUUAAGUGCAUCUGUUUCCUGAUUCAUCCUCCCCCCUUCACUCUCUCUCUUUCUCUCUCCCUCCCCACGCCCCAGUGUGUGUGUGUGUGUGUGUGUGUGUGUGAGUGUGUGUGUGUGUGAGUGUGUGUGUGUCUUAUAUUUUGCUGCUAGGUAGGGGGCACUUUAAAGGACAUAUGACAGGAGCUGGAGUGGGACAUAAGGAGUGGUGAGCUGGCCAGUCCAGGUGGCCCACCCGCAAGGCAUUGUUAAACACCUCUGAGUCUUGAUCAUGCCCUCACAGCUUCCAAACAAGGGUGAGGGACAGGAAGGAAGCAGGACACAGAAUUCCCUUCUGUCAUUCCUGGCCCCCAGCAAGGACAUUCUGGAAACUGUUAGAUUGGGAGUCCCUGCCCUAUCUGUGUCUAUAUCCUCAUCAGAACAAAAUUAAGGCUGUACCCAUUAAGCAAGAGGUCAUACAGCCCCCUGGAAACCUUCAUUCCCUUUCAUGUCUCUGUUAAAGUCACCACUCCUGCAAACAAAAUUCUACAACACCUUUCUUUCUGCAGCUAGCUUGUUUUGCUUGGCAUAAUAUCCCUAAGGCCCACAGUGUGGAGUCUAUCAUACAUUUUUCUUAUUCACCCCUAAUUGUGGGCCGGACCUAGUAAGGCACCCCCCCCCAUGCACAUUAUGUAACCGAUAUACAGUUCGGUCUUCAUGUGGAUCCCCUAACAACUGGAACAUGGCAUUGUGUGUGUGUGGUGGGGAGGGGUGGCCCUGACUCUAUUGCAAGCUUGUGGAUCCUGUUCUCCUAACUGGGCUACCAUAUCUGCCCACAGAAGGAGAGGAUAUACCCAGCCCUACAGUGACUUGAUGUGCCAGGGAGGGUUGGUGCCCAGGAGGGUCUCCCCCUUCUCAGAGGAGAAGGAGAGGGGGCAUAGGGGGAGGGAAUGUGUGAAGGAGGUAUUGGGAGGAAUGGGGCUGCAAUCAGGAUGUAAAGUGAAUAAAUA